GAAAUUGAAUGACAGACUGCAGUGUACCCAACCUGAUAACAAUUUUUUGAUGAGAAAAGUUUUAUCUGAAUUCUUGUACGAAUAAUAUUUUUCAAUAAAUUAAAAUUUUAAUUUUCUAUUUCUAAUACAAAUUUUGUUUCCAAUAGAGUCUUUUGUAGAAUGAGAAACUCAUCAAUUAUUAUUAUUUUCUAGGAGUUUUUGAGUUUUCAAGAUGGUACGCCUUCCUACUUCCGUCAUCUGAAAAAGGAAUCGGCCUUAUUCCGGCUACGUCCCCUUGAAGCAAAAUGACGAAAGGUACCUCAAGUUUUGGAAAGCGGCGUAAUAAGACUCACACCCUCUGCAGACGGUGUGGUCGCUCGUCUUAUCACAUCCAGAAGAAGUCAUGCGCUCAAUGUGGAUACCCAUGCGCUAAGCUGAGGCAUUAUAACUGGAGCGUGAAGGCCCAGCGCAGGAAGACCACAGGUACUGGCAGAAUGCGUCACCUCAAGGUCGUCCGCAGGAGGUUCAGGAACGGAUUCAAGGAGGGAGGUCGCCCUCUGUCAAAGAAGCCCAGGGGAGCUUAGAUUAUGACGGAUGACAAUUCAAACUUAUAAUUUUAUUAUUAAAACUACAUCGUUUGUUAAUAAAACGUCAUAAUCUUCUAA